AUGUUUAGAGGCAGCCAACCCAACACGUACGAUGAGAUCGUUGCCAAAACAACGGACGAGAAUUUGACGAGCGAGAACUGGGAGCUCAUACUUAAUCUAUGCGACAAAGUACAGGACGAGGGAGAGCAAGGCGCGCGCAAUGUCGUUGCGGCCGUCUUGAGACGACUCUCGCACCGCAAUCCCAACGUCCAACUCUACACUCUAACUUUGUCCGAGUCAUUGACCAAGAACUGCGGGAUUGAGGUCCACCGCGAGAUUGCGUCUCGCGCAUUCACCCAGGGGCUGGAGAAGCUCAUCGCCGAUCGGACAACACAUGAGAAAGUCAGGAAGCGCGCUCUCGCGCUCGUCGCAAUGUGGACCGCCGAGUUCGAGAAUGACACCACGCUCGGCAUCAUGGAGGAGUGUUUCGAGUCGCUGAAGAGCAAAGGAUACAAAUUCGAGACGCCUGAUGAACCACCCCCGCCAGCGGUCGACGAUGAUGUGCGCCGUCGUGAAGAGGAGGAGCUACAGCGCGCUCUCGAGAUGUCUAUACAAGACAAAGGUGGACGUUCACAGUGGGAGCAGUACUCUCUUGCGUCCUCCAGCGGCGCAGGCGCAUCAGGCUCCGGGUCGAGCUCCGCUCAUGCCCCGACGACCUCGACCUCGCGCCAGCAGACCUACGCACAGCCGCCCAGCUAUGGCGGCUACGUUCCAUCCGCCAACCCCGCAGUGUCCAGUGAGCCCUCAUCAACAGAGUCCAGCGUGACGGUCUCCUCGGUCACCGCGAGCUCUCCUGCGCCGAGUUUGUCAGCCCAGGAGAGCAUACCAGUUGUGACCCGCGUGCGCGCGCUGCACACCUUUGAGCCAACAGAGGCGGGCGAAUUAGCUUUCGAGAAGGGUGACAUCAUCAAGGUCGUUGAUCGUGGAUAUAAGGAUUGGUGGCGAGGCCAGUUGCGGGGGAGGACAGGUAUCUUCCCGGUAAACUAUGUGGAACCUCUUCCUGAACCGACAGCUGCUGAGCUCACCAAAGAAGCAGAACAGGAAGCUGCAGUCUUCUCUCAGGCUGCCAGCGUCGAUCGUCUGUUGACCUUGCUGCGGGGAAUGGACCCUGCCAAGGAUAAUCUUGCGGAUAACGAAGAAAUACAGGAAUUGUACAAAGACUGCAUGACGCUGCGUCCCAAGAUUGUCAAGCUUAUUGAUAAGUACUCUCAGAAGCGGGCUGACCUUGUCUCCAUGAAUGAGACCUUUGUGAAGGCCAGGACAAUCUUUGACAGGAUGAUGGAGGAUAGUCUGGCACGCCAUGCAGCGAGUACGUGA